AUGACCGACGCGACAGAUACAGACACUCCUCCGUCUCUCUACUACUCGCCUUCCGCCAGCGACCACGACCAUCUUUCCACCAGCGAGUCGACGACCAUCAGCACGCCCGUCGAUUUUGCCUCAAUAUCCUUUGCAAAACGCAAGCCAGCCAGUCGCAGACAAGGCUCGUUUGCUUGGGACUCUAAGCAAUCGACAGACGUCGCGAAUCGCGCUCUUCAUCCAGACUCGACUCUCCCAGAGACUGACGUCUCCAGCUUUCCCUUGUUCCCAUCGUCCUUAGGAGACACGGGCACGAUGAGCGGUCAGCAAGCCCCCUUCGAUAUCGCUGCUCGACAGACGUCAGUAUCGCCACCGGGCCAGCAAGCGUCGAAUUUGACCUCCGCGCUGCAGAAAGCUGCCAGUAAUGAUCGCGCUGGCAAUUUCUCAGUGCCAGCUGCCAACAACGCAAGUGCUGUCUACAAAGCAGCUGCAGCUCGAAAAGACUCACUCGGCGCCAGUAUGUCUCAAUGGGGAAAUGGAACGAAACCCAUCUCAGUGAUGGGCUCAAACAGAGAGAAGCCACGUCGCGAAUCCCUAGCCGGUAGUCUAGUCGGCGGCAUGAGCUGGGGUGGAGUUUCAGUUGGCAGUUGGAUACGAGACGAUAUCAUCAUGACCGGCACAUCUCCAUUCACCUUCCAAUCGCCCUCGUUUCAUUCUUCUUCAUAUUUGCCAAAAUUAGAAGCGAAUUUUAUGCGUGACUUCUCAUGCUGUGGAAUUACUCUUCCGACAUUACAUGACCUGUUACAGCAUUACGAAGAAGCUCACGCGCAAAAGUCUCCGCAAGGCGUACAACGCCCUGGCCAAGGCGAUAAUCGAGCUGCCAUCGUCGCUGCAGCUGCCGCGGUGGCUCAAUCCCAGGGUCAGUCAAGUAUGGGCCAAGAUCGCGGAAUGCAACCAGACCGUUCAACACACGAACAGACAAAAUACAAUCCGAACCAGACAAUAGAUACAAACACAUUUACUUCACAGCCUAGUAUAGACCUCGAUGAUAUGGAGAUGGACGAUGCGAUGGGCGUGUCGGACUCAACGUCUUCCCAAAUGUUCUCCUCGCAGAUACCCUCUACCCAAGGAGGAUUUACAUCACCGAAUCCGAGAGUUCCUCAACUGAAUCUCAGCAUGCUUCAAGGCCCAGGGCUCCGUGGAUCCCAGCCAGGCACACCCAUUGCAUCCGGAAACACCUUUCUUCAAAACAACCCUACAGUAUCCUCAGUCAACACGCCAACUUUGUCUUCUAAUCCCCUACAAAAUUCUCAAUUCCGCAAUACGCCGGACUCUUCCGGUCCCGGUACACCGGCUGAGCUUGACGAGAGCGUCUUAGGAGGGUUUGGUGACCUUAAUAUGCAAACCGGCGCGCUGCCACCGAAUGGACAAUUUUCUGGAUUCGGAGGUGGCAAUGAUAUGGUUGAUCUUUGCAUUGACGAGCCUGCCAAACGUCUGUUCAGUCCCAACGGAGGAUUUGGAGGACAAAGUUCGCAAGCCCAUCUCAAGUUAGGAAAUAGCCAAUAUGGUCCUAACAGCGACAUAGCCCAGCGGAUUCGAGAACAACAAAUGCUUGCUGGUGUGCCCGAUACUUCGCUCGGCAUGUUCCCAAAUGAAGAGCCCAAACCUUACAGGUGUCCUGUCAUAGGUUGUGAAAAGGCAUAUAAGAACCAAAACGGAUUGAAGUAUCAUAAAGCGCACGGUCACAACAACCAACAAUUGCAUGAGAACGGCGAUGGCACAUUCUCUAUAGUGAAUCCAGAGACUUCGGCACCAUAUCCUGGCACAAUGGGAAUGGAGAAGGAGAAACCCUAUCGCUGUGAAGUGUGUGGCAAGCGUUACAAAAACCUCAAUGGGCUUAAAUACCACAAAUUGCAUUCCCCGCCUUGCAAUCCUGAUCUUCAGCUUGCAGGUCGUGGUCUGAAUGUAGGGGGCGUUAUGCAAGGCCAAAAUAUAAAUGUUGCCGGUGCUGGACUUCCUGGCAUUGGAGAGGAAGGCUUGAUGUAA